UCCUUUAUAAGUCACUCUCUGUUCUAUCUCAUAUAGGUUGUUAGUAUAUGUUUAUUCAUGAUUUUUGGUACUUUCAUGGUCUUUGGCUUUUUAUCACAUGAUUAACAUUUAAAUACCCACGUGUACGGAAUAUAUAACAAAGGUCGAGUGUUGGGCUAUGGUUGGACAUCAUAUAUGUUGCUUCUAAUUAAAUUAUCUUGUUAGAUUAUGUAAUCUCAAAUUCUUAGGGAAAAACCGAAGGAUUGAUGGCCUAUAAUAAUCAUGAUCGUUAUUGCGAUAAAUAACUCGUCUUGAAAGUAAUUUUCAUGAAUUGUUAACUUGUAAGUUGUAUCGAAUUGUGUUUACAUUCGCGAUUCAUCUUAGAACAAAUGAUUAGGAGCGGGUGUGCAACAGGGCGAAAAGAGUAAAAGGAAAUUUGUAACCUACUUAUUGAGAACUUGUUCUGUAUGCUUCAGUCUCACAUGAUUUAUUUAUCGACUCACGAACUGUGAAUCAAAAAAAGUAAAUUAUGGUCGAUUUUAGACUAAUUUAAAUCAUUUUGAGCGAAUUGCGAAUUCAAAAGUCGAACUAACUAGAGAAUUACGUUUCACUAGUAUGCUUACACCAUCAUCUAUAUAUCAAGAUUGAUCUAUUUUGUAAAAGGUACCAAAAUCAUCCUAAGAUUUACAACUGAACAGAUUUGUGAAAAACAAAAAAUUAUAUUACUAGGAAUAUUCAAUAAGACUAUCUUUUUAAGAAUGACAUAAGCUUUGAAGUGUUGUAUGGAAAGUAUGCUCAUUUUUGUGCUUUUUAUCUCAAACCCAGGCUCUUCAAUGAACUCAAUAAAGAACUUGUUCAACGGUGGUGCUAGCGUUGAAUCUAAGCUGCAGCAGUUGAAGCGUAAAACCAGAGCACUACGAGCAAGAGCAGAAGAUAUACACAAUGAAAUCGAACAAGAGGAGCUUCGACCAGGAAAAAGAAGAAAGAAGGAGGUUGAUAACUGGUUAAAAGACGUUGAUGAGGCUGUGAUUCAACUGCAACGUCUUGAGCUACGAGGACAAGAUUUAAACACAUCAGGAUGGGGCAGUAGUCAGUAUGGGACAAGUAUUUGUACGAAUCAGACUGCUUAUUUGACCGAACAAAUUGGAGAUUUGCUUAAGCAAGGGAGUUUUCCUCAUGGGUUUAUGUUCUAUGAUCAUGGGGGUUCUAGCAUUGAACUUGUCACGACAGACGAUAAGAUACACGAUGAAAUCUUAACUGAUAAAAAGGAAAAAGCUAUUUCGUGGCUUACAGAGAAUGAGACGAUAUCCAAUAUAGGUGUUUAUGGUCCAGGUGGCGUUGGGAAGACUAUGUUACUUAAAGAAAUUCAUAAUGAGUUACUUGAGCGGUUUAAAUCGCCCAGAAGUGUUUACUGGGUAUCGGUGUCACAUGACACGACAUUGCCUAUGCUGCAGGAUAAGAUUGCGGAAGCUAUGGAUUUGAGUUAUCUUUUAACAGAGAAGAAUCUAAUCAGGAAGGCGGCCUCUUUAUCGUACGAGUUAAAGCAGAGAAAGAAUGUUUUUCUUUUCCUGGAUGAUGUGUGGGAAUAUCUAUCAUUAGAGGAAGUCGGGAUUCCUGUUGGACAGCAGAGUCGUUGCAAGUUGAUCUUGACAACUCGCUCCUUAGACGUGUGCAGAAGGAUGAAAUGUCAAGAACUUGUCAAAGUGGAGCCGCUUUCAAAGGAAAAAGCUUGGGAGCUAUUUGCCAAGCUACUUUGCAGAAGAGAUGGGAUUCCUUCGGAAAUCGAUGAGCUAGCAGAGCUAGUUGCUGCUGAGUGUGCGGGUUUGCCUCUUGGUUUGAAAGUCAUGGCAGGAAGCAUGCGAGGAGUAGAAGACAUUCAAGAGUGGCGUAAUACAUUAGAGGAGUUGCGGGAUUCAACUGCCGGACAAGCUGCUAUAGAAACAGAUAUUUUCCCGGUUUUGAAGCUUAGCUAUGACCGUUUGAAAGAUCCAAAGUUGAGGCAAUGUUUCCUACUGUGUGCAUUGUAUCCCAAGUAUGGUGGAAUUAAACGGGAAGAUCUUAUUGUUCUGUUCCGUUCUGAAGGGCUUCUGGAUACGAUGGAGGGAUGGAAAAAGCAGUAUGAUAAGGGACACAGCAUGCUGAAUAAACUUGAAAACGCAUGCUUGCUCGAGAAGUAUGAUAGCAAAUGUGUGAAGAUGCAUAAUUUCAUCAGAGACAUGGCUAUUCGAAUCACGAAUGUGAUGCCACGAUUUAUGAUAGCUGCUGGUGCAGAGCUAAGAAGAAUACCUAGUGGACGAAGAUGGACGAUAAAUCUUGAUAAGGUUUCGUUGAUGCAUAAUUCUUUGUCAGAAAUUCAACCGGGAACAAUACCCAUGUGUCCCUGCCUCACAACCCUGCUACUCCAAAAAAAUCCGUUCACGAAACUCCCAGAUUCUUUCUUUACGCACUUAAAGGCACUUAAGGUGCUUAACUUAUCGGAAACCAGCAUCAAAAGGUUACCAAACUCGAUAUCAGAGUUGAAGAACCUGAGGGCUCUUCUGCUAGAAUUUUGUAGGCGUUUGCAUUUCGUGCCUUCACUGAUGAAACUUACCAAAUUAAGGGAGUUGAACUUCAACUGUUGCUGGUCAUUGAAGGAUGUACCCCAUGGAAUUGAGCAGCUAUCUGACCUAAGAUUCCUUGAUUUAGACGGGUGCAAAGAUUUGUGUCGGUUAAUCAGUGGGUCACUAUCUGCAUUCACUCAUAUUCAAUGCCUUAAACUCGAUCCAGAUGUGCAAACUAUCUCAGGAGAUGAUAUUGUAAAACUCAGGUAUUUGGAGAGACUAGAAGGGUGUAGGAUUUCUGAAGUGGGCAGUUUUAAUAGAUAUGUUAAAACUCAGCAUUUCCAGCUGCUAAACCACUAUGAGUUUGUUAUUGGAGCAGGUGAAUACAAACAUUUAGACUAUAUCACGAGUGAUGAAGAACAACGAGUGGUGAUAUUAUGCAGCCGUAAUCUUAAACAUAGUGGGAAUGAAGGUGAUCUCUUCAUUCCUCCCGAGAACACGCAGAAUCUACAGAUCCAUAACUCCGAGUUGGAUGCAAGAAGCUUGUUUGAUGCCCUUCCAUCAUUAAUUCACCUUGCCACAUUGAAGAGAAUUCUUGUUAGGCGUUGCAGAGUGAUAGAAUUCAUCUGGUCACCACAAUCACUCUCUGAAGCCGCACAAGAAGCUGCAUACAAAGCUGCUGUAUUACGACUUCGAUGCCUCCAGGAGCUAAUUCUCACUGAUCUGCACGAUUUCAGGGGUUUAGUGAAGGAAGGAGUUCUGUAUCAACAAGGCGCCUUUUCCAAUCUUAAGAUAUUGGUGAUCAAAUACUGUCCUAAAAUCAAGAAGCUAUUAAAUGGUGACCUAAAUAACCUCCAGGAGCUCGAAGUUGAAGGAUGUGAAGAACUGGAAGAGAUUGCAGCAAGUCAUGACAAUAGUUUUGAUCAAGACAAUCCGACUUGCUGGCUUCCCAACUUGAGAGUUCUGCAAUUGAGGCGCUUACCAAAGUUGACAAGUAUUUGUCAUAGAGGUUUGCUAGGAAAAGGUUCAGUAGAACGAAUUAUUGUUGAAUACUGUCCAGAAAUCAAGGAGAUAUUCAUGGAUAAUAAUUUACAGCAGCAUCACCUUAGAAACUUCAGAGAAGCUAAGAUUGCUGGCUGCCGAAAUUUGCUGCAGAUUAUUGCAUCACCCAAGGCUAAGGAUCAACAUAGAGGCAUUUAUGAACUACCCGACUUAAGGGCUAUCGAUUUGGAUGAUCUUCCUUGUCUUACAAGCUUCUUCCAAGGAAAUGUACCAACUUGUGAUUCUAUUGAAAAGAUCACAGUUAGGGAUUGUCCAAAUCUGAAGAGAUUUCCUCUCUUCAUACCAUUACGUACCAAUGAAGAACAAUUAGCUCCACUUCAUCUUCAAGAGAUAAAAGCAGAUCGAGAAUGGUGGGAAGCUCUAGAAUGGGAUAAUGCCCUUAUGAAGCAGAUCCUUUUACCAUUCACCAAAUUGAGCAAGGCCAGAAAAUCGAGCUUCUACAUAACAGAAGAAGUUGGUUCUCCAGGAAGCCACCAAACAAAUGUGGAUAGCAUAGACAUUGGCUCCUGCCUUGAAGCAUGAAGGACUCAUAUGUAUUGGUGAUGCUCAACUUUAAAAUAAGCAAGAUGAUCAAUGCUACAAUUCUUAGUGAAAAAGGUAAAACUGUAAACAUUCAUGAUUCUCUCUUUAUCUAUUUUUGUCUCUAUUUAAUGUUCCUUAUUUCAUAACACUAAGGAUUUAUAGUUCUUUGAGUUUGGAUUAUAAUGUACUAUAAGAAAAUGACUAAUUAACUCAUGUGCCUUUCUUAUUUAUGUGAAACUGCAAAUGACGUUUAUUGCUAAGGGUCAAUCGGAAAUAACCUCUAUAUUGUCACUAGCUAGUGUAUAACAAAGGUAAGGUUGCGUACGUCUAACUCCAAAACAUCAUUCAAAGUAGGAGUCAUUUAAUGGUAUUGGAACAAUGAAUGUUGUUAUGAUGUGGUGUAGAGUAAUUUUUCUCAAAGUCUAGAAUUUCCUCUUGCUGCAGUUAACAUGGGAGGUUCGACCGCGUAGGGGUUUGAAAAAUUAGGGGCCUCGAUAUUAAAUUACUUAGUAUAUGUUAAGUGUUUAAGAUACAAAAUUGUUAAAAAAUAUCAUAAUUUUUAAAACUGCACCGGACCUCCAUAGAGUUUGCCAAUUUUUACUCCGUCCUGCUGCAAUAUCCCUUGCCCUAUGUUGUUAUAAUGCUUAUUAGUUGAUGUUGAAUUCUAUAAUGAAGGUUGAAAGCAGUACUACAAUCACAGUGCAAAAUGUGGCCCACAUAACUGUAUCGCAAUCGUAUUGUAAAGGACAAGCAGUCGAUGUGCUCGAAAGAGAGCUGAGCUUCAUGUGUGGUUCUGAUGCAUAUGCUCUGACGAGCUAAGUUGGGCUCGUCAUUCAAAAGAGAGACCACAACAUAAAAAGCUAUAGGGAGAUAGAAUGGGCAUAACUAAUUUGUUAACAGUCGGAUGUGGCUGGUGGGAAGGGCACAUACUUCCUCUGUCCCAAAAAAUUAAUCUAAUUUUUAUUUUUCUAUUGAAUUUAUUCCAUUUUUAUUUUUAAUCAAGAUUCACGCUUUUUUUUAAUUAUCAUCCAUACAUUUUACUUAGUUUUUCAUUUUAUCGACAAAUUUUUUACUUUCACAUAAUGUAUACUUUUCUACUACUGUUAACCAAUUUUUUUGAUUUACAGCACAUUUAUA